CGCCCAAAAGCCCAUGGGGCCUUCAGUGCCAGCUGUACACAGAGUAAUCGCGCGCGAUUCGUUUAUGCCUGAUUUCUCUUUUAUUGAGGAGUCACAACCACAAUCGGAGGCCAUUGCUGCCAGGACAAAUACUCUGGCCAAUGCCAAUGCAAAACCGAAAGAGUGUUCGACGAAUGUUAUAUUAACUACUGAUACGAACUUAGAAAAACGUAAGCUGGGAGUGGAAUCGCAAGAUUUACAUCAAUCCGCUGCAAGGAAAGCUGCGGAACAAAAUAACAUACAGGAGCAGCAGGCAAAAUCGGACUUAAGUGAUUCCUACUUGAAAGAUUUCUCUGAAAUUAUGGACUCACAACCACAAUCUGAUAAUAAGUGGCAUAGGUCUGCUACCAAAAGUAAGCUUACCGAAAUACAAGCAACGAAAUCAAGUGGAAAUGUAAGUAAUUCGUUUCUCAAAGACUUUUCGCUAGUAAUGGAAUCACAGCCCACCAAAAAGGAAAGUCAAAAAGAAAUUGAAUUUGUUAAAAUGGUGGCGCCAAGCACAACAAACGACGAAGAAAGAGCUAAAUUUGAUCUUGGUAGCUCCUACCUUAAGCAUUUUUCCACGGUGAUGGAGUCACAACCAUUUGAAAUUGAACGACAGCAACAACUAUUUAACUCUUCUUCCAAUAAAGAAGAGAAAACUGAAAAGGAAGUCAAGAAAACAAAGAUCCGCAAUUCGGUUUUGAAGGAUUUUUCGUUGGUUAUGGAAUCACAGCCCAUUGUACAUGAAAACCAACUUGUGCAAGACGGUUCGCUCUCUACCUCGACAGUCACAUCAACGACAACAACAAAACCUCUCCCAAUUAAACCUGAAAUAGCUCAGCAAAGAAUACAAGAAAACAACAAACUAGACUUAGGAAGUUCUCGCAUUAAUGAUUUUUCAUUUGUUCCAGAGUCACAACCUUUGGAAAAUUGCAAACUGUGGCUACAAUGUAAGACAGAAUCAAAUAAAUCAAACAGUAACGCAGCUUCACAAAAUCUGAAUCCGACAAUACACAUUAACGAUUCAUACCUCAAAGAUUUAUCAAUGGCUUUGGAAGCCCCAGCACGGGAAAGUGCAAAGAAACAUCCACAAGAGCUACAAAAACUUGCUGUCGAGCCGAAAACACCAGCGCCAGCACCACCAUCUGUGAAACCUCUAAUGUUUUUAGAUUCGUAUAUGAAAGACUUCUCUGGCUUUCAAGGCCCGUCUGGUAAUAGAAUGAGCGCAAAAAAGAGCAGUACACGUCUAACUUUUUUUAAUGAUUCGAAAAAAGCGAGUGACCUCAUAAAUCCUAUGCUAACGGACGUUAACACCAAUAUAGAAACCAAAACAAGCGCUGCUCAAACGCCAAAUAGAUUACUCUUCCUAGAACAAAAACCUCGUACGAGUAUACCUCACAAUCCGCUAAGUAUUCGCCUUUCCGGUGAAAAGUCCUUCGAGUUGAACGCGGAAACCGCUAUGUUCUCCACAAAUAUCAGCAUGAUUAAGAAUUCCACCUUGUUGCCACCUACCGAACUUAAUACCGUACAAGCGCCAACGCCAAUUAAGGAGUACUCAUUGCACAUAAAACAGGAAGAUAAUGUUUUUAAAACACCGCCACCGGCAGUAAAAUUGCCGCCAGCUCCGCCAAAUGCGCCAAACGUAUUAUCGCAAUCCAAUUUGCAGCAAGAAAAACGUACGAGUUAUUCUACAGAAACUAUGUCGGCAAAAGAACAAUCAGCUACAAAAUCUUCGCUUUGCGAGA